AUGACAUCCGCAAGAGUUACGAACGGCACCACGGCUCCAGAACACUCGAACGACCGCCUCACCCCCUUCAACGAGACAUCGUCCUCUACUGGCCCGACAGAGCCCUUCGUGCCUUUUGUCCAUCUGCCCACACCCGAGCCUGAGACUCAGCCAGCCACUCCUGCGCAACCUCCCAGUCCCAGCCGCUCCAAGACCCGAAGCCGAUCUGAGACAAAGACAGGUGCUCAAAACGGAGUACGCCGUCUGUCCGCCUCCAAGAUCCAAGAACUGACAAACGCCCCCGAGUCCCUACCCAUUGCGACAGCUCCCGACCGCCAGCCGGCUGAGCCUACAUUCUCACCCGCCCUUGCCGAAGUAAGCUCUAGACUCCAGUCUCAACUGGGACUUGCAAAUGGGAAUGGUCACAGCACAUCGAGCACAAGAACACACCCACAAAGGCCUGCAAUCGCCGCGCGAACCGUGUCUACUCCACCGGUGAGCAGGCGUCAGACGGCCACGGCUGCCCAACAAGCUCACCCAGCUCAGCAGGCCUCGAUCCGUCGCAAUUCGUACCAGCCGAAUCCUCGACCGCCGCCUCUCGAUCUCGAUGGAACGAGCAACUUGAACACUGGCGCCGAACCCAGGACCGCCCCUCCACUGCGCCAGCCCGAGCCCGACCCGGCGCCCCCAUCUCCCAUACCGUCCUCUAUCCCUCUACCGCCCAUGUCAGUCCCUACGCUCCUGCAACUCGAGCUGGCUGGAUCGCGACCGAGUCCUCUCUACAUACACCACUCAUACACAAGCGACAUCCCCUACGAGUCGAGCGCAAUCAAGUUUGAGCGGUUGAAGAACUUCUUGGUUCUGCCCUUUGUCCUCGAGCGAUGCAUAACCUUUGGUGCUUUGGCUUGUCUGGACGCUUGGCUGUGGACCUUCACCGUCCUACCUAUGCGCUUUGGCAUUGCCGUGUGGAUUCUCCUUCAAUGGUGGGGAUAUGUUAUCGGCAAAGAAACUCGAUGGGUGGUAGGAUUCGUGUGGUACGGCUUAGGCCGCAUGUGGAAGCGCGGCCGUCGGGGUCGGUCUGAGUCAGUCGCCAGUACGGAUGGUCAGCGGUCCAGGAGUCAAAGUCGGGUACGGGAGCAGCCAGUCAAUCACAAUAGCACUGCUGCUACUACCACCACCACCACCACCGGCGCCGACACUCGUCAUCCCAACCUCCGCAUGGCUCCCGGGACUAAGCCCCCCGGUCCCAGUCGUCGUGGGAGAGGCUACCUCGGUCACCGCCGCACCAAGUCCAACCCGUCCAACCUGUCACACUACAACAAAGCCGACCUGCUCCAAGGCGCCGUCGUCAUCUUCUCCUCCAUUGCCCUCAUGUCUCUCGACGCCUCGCGCAUGUAUCAUUCCAUUCGCGCUCAAUCCGCCAUCAAGCUAUACACCAUCUACAACCUGCUCGAAGUGGGCGACCGUCUGUUGUCGGCCCUCGGGCAAGACAUCUUUGAAUGCUUGUUCAGUAACGAGACGUUGUCGAGGGAUAGCCUAGGGCGCAGCAAGGUCUUGCUCCCCUUGGGCAUCUUCUGUCUGGCGCUGGUGUACAACAUCCUGCAUGCGGUGAUUCUGUUUUAUCAGGUCAUUGCGCUGAACGUGGCUGUUAACUCGUACAGUAACACGCUGUUGACACUUCUUAUGUCGAACCAGUUCGUCGAAAUCAAGUCAGCCGUGUUCAAGAGGUUCGAAAAGGAGAACACCUUCCAGAUGGCUUGUGCCGAUAUCGUCGAGCGGUUCCAGCUGUGGAUCAUGCUGUUGAUCAUCGCCAUGCGUAACGUGGUGGAGGUUGGCGGGCUCAGUGUGCCUGGGGCAGGCAGCGAAGAUACGGGCCCUAGUUCCUUUCCUCUACAUACGGCGAGUAUACUGCCCGCGAGCUUUACGAUUCUGCCCAACUGGCUGUGGUCCGGCGAAGUACUGAGCCCGCUCGCUGUGGUCAUUGCAAGCGAGAUGGUGGUGGACUGGAUCAAGCAUGCUUACGUGAACAAGUUUAACAAUAUCAAACCGAACUUCUAUAGCAGGAUUUUGGAUAUAUUGUGCAAGGACUACUAUACGAAUGCCUUCGUAACGCCCCAGUUAACCCGCCGCCUGGGCCUGCCCCUAUUGCCCUUGUCCUGCCUCUUCAUCCGCGCCUCAUUCCAGAUUUAUAACAUGUUCGUUGCCGUACAUGUCCCUCCUCCUCUGCCGCCUUCGACACAAACUUCUCUCUCCGUCGAAUCAGCUACACCCUCACCCGCCAUGCUAGCCGCUUUGGACCAUCUAGACAAGAAGAUCCGCAUUGCUCUAGGCCGAGCGGUAUACGGCUACCCUUUCGGUGAAUCCGGUGGACUGGGGGAUAAUGUUUAUGGCCCGGCCUCGGCUCCCACAGGGGAUACACCCGAACCAGCCGGCCUCGCAACUCACAUUUGGCACUCGGUGUCCAAGUGGUUGCCAGAGUGGAAAUGGACAUCCGACGACGUCAUUGCUUUUCUGACCAUGAUAACCGUCUUCCUUCUGAUCUUUUUGGUGCUUCUCAUCUUCAAGCUUUUGUUGGGUAUGUUCUUGCUGCGGUAUUCGAGAGACAGGUACGCAAGGAUGAAGGUUAAGGAGGCUGCCAUUGCUGCUGGACAGGCGGAAAAGGAGUCAUUUGAGACACAAGGCAAGAGAGUAGGGGGGUAUGGACAGGUCGAGGUGGGAGAAGAAAGAAGGAGGUGGAUAUUUGCCGAUGAUCCUAAGGGGCUGAACAAAGUACGGGAGAGGGAGAAGGGCGGCGGGGGAGGGAAGGGAGGAGGGGGUGGUGGGAAACCAGAAAAGGAUUUGGGAACAGUGAUGAGGUAUGAGAUGAUUGCCAAGAGGAUUUGGUAA